CCCACCCUCUCCUUCCUUUUUUUUUUCCCUGAAAAGAAUCUGUGUAGCUCAGAUUAUCCUUCCACUCAUCUAUCUGCCCGCCUCAUCCUCCCUCAGCUAGGACUUUUAUAGGAACGAACUGUCAUGCCUGGCUUUUCAUCUUCAUGACAGACAGUUCUACCAAAAACAGUGGAUACUUAGAUAAUUUUCAUUGCAACUCAUGAUACAAAUUACAGUAAUUUGGAUCUCUAAAUUGUUUCUUUAAAUGUCUACCAAUAUAAGUAGUGACACUAAAAUAGAAAUAUCCACUAUCAAUUUUCGUUCUCCUGUUACUAUCCUCUGUUUCCAAAAGAUGACACUGAGUCGGUUUAUGCUUUCAUACACCUUCUGGAGUUCAGUCCUCAGUAACAGAAUUCAGCCUCGCGGACGGCUGUCAUUUCAUUUUGAAGUUCCUUUUGUUUGAAGUUGACCUGAAAUCUUUAUCACAGUAAUAAACUCUUUAAUCGGUUUUUUAAUAUUAUAACUGAUUCCCUUUGUUUACAGUUACUCUAUAUGGCAUUGUGCAAUGUUUCAUUGACUCCUUGUUUAUUGUUCCUGUUUUCUAUUCUUUGGAAUCCUUUCUUGGUGACAGAAUUUUGUAAAAUUGUAUACUACCUUCGAGGACCCCCAUUGUCAGAAGUUCUAUUUUCCAGAGUCAGGUAAGUGUGACAGCUGAGGUCAAAUGCAAGUUAAAACAAAAAAAGUGGGGAGGGGGAGGAGGUGCCGGAUCUCUGUCCAGAUGUCAGCUGUUAGGUUCUCCAGCUCCAUAGUUACAAGUGGAAAGGAGUUAGGAAGUGUGAUGGAACCUUCUGUAGCAGCAGCAUCCGUUACCAGGAGUGAAAAGAUAAUCGUUUUCCAUCCCUAUAAAUAGUACGUACUUUUACUCAGUAGCUUAAAAUUGGUCUCAGUUAUUUUGAUAUUUCAGAAGCAUUUCUUUCUUUUGAAACCGUCAUGUAGAAUGUCCUUUGAGAAUACCUUAUGUACCGGUGAAGUGAUUGGUUUUUUGUUUUUUUUUUUACAAAGUAGUUCUUUUUUUUUUUUUUUUCUAUAGUUGAGUUCCUUGCACCAUUAAAUGCCACUCUUCUGCCUUUUGGGGGGUAAUUAUAUUUGUACUUGAUCCUAGUUUGGACAUUGUUGGAUUCUAUUUGACAAGUGUGUGAAGCUAAAAAGUUCUCAAGUGUGGAGAACUCGUCCUGUGUCUAGAUUGACGUCCACAUUUUCCAGUGGUUCCUUUCCUCUGGUUUGGUGUCUGUCUUUCCAGCGAAAUACUGAUUCCCUAAUUAAUCCCAAGGGGUUUCCCCCUCCUAAUGAAGCUGUAAAGUGAGAGCAGAAAUGCUGCCUUGAGAGACAUCCAGGAAAUGGUAGGUUUCAUCUUUCCUUGGCUUGCCUGGCUUCGGUGAGCUGAGUGUUGACACAGUCUUGAGCCCUCUUGGCAGAGGAUAAGGGUCAGAGAGAAAACUCAAGCAGGUGUCCUGGUCCUGGCUUGUCUCGUUAGGGAGAAUUCAUCCCUGUCUGUCUGGUUGGCAGGGCACAUGUUAGUCACCGAGACCCAGCAUUUCAGCAGUUUGCAGAAGAAGUGAUUUGAAUGGACAGCUGCAAGUGAGACAGCCUAGACCUGAAGAGAUGAAACACUCACUUCACUUGGAGGAAAGAAGGAAGCAAGCCUAGGGCUUAACAGCAUCUGAUCCCCAAGCAUCUGGUCAUGGCUCCUCGUUCACGGCGGCGAAAGCACAAGAAACCGCCACCAGUGACUCCCAUGCCUGACAUCCCACCCACAGACGUAUCUGCAGUACGUCCAGCCCUCCCAGAGCCUGGCCCCAGCAUUGACGCCCUCGGCUUCAUUGCCUUGGACAGCGAUGUACCAGGCCUGCCCCAGCGGAUCCUGCAAAGGCUGAACAUGAAGAGCUAUGAAGAGUACAAGUUGGUGAUAGAUGGGGGAACCCCAGUGCCAAGCUUUGGGUUUCGAUGUCAACAAGAAAUGUUCCAGAGAAUGGAGGACACAUUCCGAUUCUGCGCUUACUGUAAAGCACUCCCCCAUGGCCUUUCCAGUUGCAAGGUUCUGCGGCACUGUAAGAGGUGCAGAAACGUCUAUUACUGUGAUGCAGAGUGUCAGAGGUCAGACUGGCCAGCACACAGGAAGGUGUGUGGAGAGCUCCGUCUCGUGGCUGUGGACCGUGUCAUGGAAUGGCUUCUGGUCACAGGUGAUUUUGUCCUACCCUCAGGACCUUGGCCAUGGCUGCCUGAAGAGAUACAGAAUUGGGAUACCUGGUUCUCCAUGAGGGGUUUACAGCUAGAAUCUACAUUGAAUGCUCUUCUGGGUAGCCAUGCUAUGACCAUGCUUUGGGCCAGUCUAGGAAGGCCACGACCAGACCCAGAUGUCUUGCAUGGCUCUUUGAAGCGGUUGAUGACAGAUGUCCUGUCACGGCCUUUGACCCUGGGCUUAGGGAUUCGGACUCUGGCGAUAGAUGUUGGGAAGACUGGGGGAAGCACAUUGCACGUGGUUGGUGCUUCCCACGUGGAGACAUUUCUCAUCCGUUCUGGAGAUUAUGAUGAGCUUGGCUACAUGUUUCCUGAAAACCUUGGCUUUCGUGUGAUUAUGGUGGGUGUAGAUGUGAGUGCUGACCUUUUACAGAGUUCCUCAUCUUUACCCCUGGAGCCUGGAACAGUUCAGCUUAGUGGCCACAGGGCCCUGUAUCAUGACUUCUGGGAGGAGCAGAUAGAGACUGGGAAUCUAGCCCAUCCAGAUUUGGUGGCUGCAUUCCAUCCAGCCAGCAGGAAUUGGAAGCCUCUUUGCAAGUCCUGGUGAACUUGGAUACACACAUCAUUGCUUGUGGCGCUAAUCCUUUCGCAUCCCUCAAACCAGAACAGGUCUAUUCCAAGCCCAACAAGCAACCGGUGUACAGCAGUGCCUACUACAUCGUGUUUCGUGGAUGUUCCUCCUGCCAAC